GUCGCUUUGCAUGAAAACAGCGAGCCGAACAUAGGAAUAGGAGUGGAUCUACAACUGAAAGUCAUUCUCCAGAAUGACCAACUGCUGAGUGUCAGAAUGGAGUUCCUCCAAACCUGAUGGCUUGACAGCAGCAGACACCUCUCUCCUCUUCCACCAUUGCAACAGGUUUCUUGGUUUCACAGCUAGGCUGAUAUCCAGGUAACCAUGGGUACUGAAUAUGAAACAGGUCAUAUCAAAAAGCUGCAGGAGCAGCGUAUGUCCAUGCAAAAGAAAACCUUCACCAACUGGAUGAACAAUGUCUUCUUCAGGAAUAAUGUGAAGGUUGAGAUAGAAGAUAUUUACAUAGACUUGAAGGAUGGCAUCUUUCUCAUGCAACUCCUGGAGCUCCUCUCUGGAGAAGCUUUGCCCACACCAAACCGGGGAAAGAUGAGAGUGCAUUUUCUAGAGAACAACAGCAAAGCUAUCACGUUUCUGAAAUCCAAGCAGGUACAAGUAAAAGUGAUUGGUCCUGAGAAUAUCGUAGAUGGUGACAGAACCUUAAUCCUGGGACUUAUCUGGAUCAUUAUACUUCGAUUUCAGAUUUCAUCUAUCAAACUUGAUAAGGAAGAAUUUGGAGGCAGAGCUGACGUUCUAUUUGCCAAUGAAGCCUUACUACUCUGGUGUCAGCAUAAAACUGCCAGCUAUUCCAAUGUGAAUGUGAAGGACUUCUCCAAAAGCUGGAGUGAUGGGCUGGCCUUCAAUGCACUCAUACAUGCUCACAGGCCUGAUCUUAUCCACUAUAGCUCACUGCGGCAGGACCAGCCCAUCAAAAACCUGAACAAUGCCUUCAAUGUUGCUGAAAAAGAGCUAGGAAUCAGCAAACUGCUUGAUGCUGAAGAUGUGGCAGUACCCCACCCAGAUGAGAGAUCCAUCAUGACUUAUGUGUCAUUCUAUUACCACUACUUCUCCAGACUGAAACAAGGACAGACAAUACAAAAGCGACUUACCAAAAUCGUGUUCUUCCUGAAGGAGAUAGAUGACUUGAAGCUUCUAUAUGAGCAGAUGGUCUCUGACCUCCUGAAAUGGAUUAAACAGAAGGUGUCAGAACUGGAUGACCGUCAUUUCCCCAACUCUCUUCAGGAAAUGUGGCUGCUCAUGGCCAACUUCAAGACCUUCCGCACUGUGGAGAAACCCCCCAAAUAUCAAGAGAAGGGCGUGAUUGAAGCUCAUCUUUUCAACAUCAGGACCAAGCAGAGAGCCAACAACCAACGGCCAUACUUGCCUCCAGAGGGGAAGAUGCUGCAGGAUGUGGAAAAGCACUGGAUUAUCCUGGAAAAGGCAGAGCACAACCGAGGAAAAGCACUGCAGGAAGAGAUGCUGAGGCUAGAAAGGCUGGAACAGCUAGCACAGAGGUUCCUGAAGAAGGCAGCCCUGCGUGAGUCGUACUUGGAAGAUAUGAGGAAAGUGAUUGGGAAGCAAGACUUCUGGCCAGAGAGCGCGGACAGGAUGGAAGCUGCCAGUAAGAAGCUGGAAGCCAUUGUGGCAGAUGUACUCCCCAGAAGGGAACGCUUCACAGCUCUGGACGAAAUGGCAACAGUCAUCAGCCAGGAGAACUAUCAUGGCAAAGAUCAAAUUGUGAAGAAGCAAAACAGCAUUUCAAAGCAAUGGCAGGACCUUCUGGAUCAGCUGCAAAGACGACAACACUCCCUGGGUACAAUGCAGGAAAUUCUGGGUCUCCUGAGGGACGUCGAUGCCAUUACAGAGGAGCUGAAAGAGCUGCAGGCACUAGUGAAUUCCCAGGACUGUGGGAAGCAGCUUCUGGAAGUCGUAGAUUUGCUGCAGAAGCACGACUUGGUUGACUCGCAGAUCUCUUCCUAUGAGGGUAGAUUGGCACACAUCACCCAGAGGACAGCAGAAAUCAGCAAGGACAGCACAGUUAAACCAGAAGUGCUUUAUGCGAAAGUUCAGAUGCUUCAUCAGCUGUAUCAGAAUCUUAUAGCUGUGAGCAAGUCACGAAAAUCUCAGCUAGAAGAUGCUUUGAAGCUUUUUGAAUUCUUCCGUGACUGCAAAGAGGAAGAAUCGUGGAUCUCUGAGAAAUGGAAGCUAGCAAGAACGACAACAUUAGGUGGUAAGUUAGUUAUGCUGACAUGUCUCCUGUCCUUCUGCUAGGCUCUCGAGGUGGAGUGCAAUUCCCACAGGGCCAUAUGUGCAGGUGUGAUGAGGAGGGGCUGGGAGCUCAGCCAGAAGAACCCCGCACGCCAGGAGGACAUUCUGAAGCAGACAGACAACCUCCAGAAGUUGUGGCAGCAGCUCCAAGACGAGGUGGCUGAUCGCAAAAGCCGGCUGCAGGCAGCAGCUCUCAUCAAACAGUACUUUGCUGACAUCGAUGAAGCAAAUUCAUGGUUACGAGAAAGACAGCCCCUUCUGGCCAGCAAGGACUAUGGAAAAGAUGAAUCAAGCACUGAAGCACUGUUGCAUCGUCAUUUGCGCCUGGAGAAGGAGAUUGCGGCCUACUCCUCUGAGAUGAGACGCCUGAAAGAGCAGGCUGACAUUGCAGCAGAGCAAGCUCCAGCUACAAUGGUGAAGAGAGAAGCCCCAAGUGACUUAAAUCAAAAGACAACUAAGCUACCAUUCAGUCGCUCUUGGGCAACAUCUGAAACUGCGUUCCCUGGAACCUCCAGUCCAGAUGUUCAUUUUCUUCCAGAGAACAUCUGGAAGACCCAAGAUGAAAUAGAUUCACUUUAUGAAAAUCUACAGAGGGUGGCUGAGGACAGAAAAAAGGCUCUGGAGGAGAUGAUUGGAUAUUACCGCUUCUGUAGCUCUUGUGAAGAAUUUCAGUCAUGGAUGAAAGACAAAGAGAACAUUUUCCGGACUCUUCAGCCUCAAGCAGACAAUGUGGAGGUCAUGCAGCAGAAAUAUCAGAGCUUUUUAAUGGAACUGGCUGCAGGCAAAGGCCAGAUGGGAGAUAUUGAAAACUUAGCUGUUAAAUAUCUAAAGACCAAUCCCAGCAAAUAUUCUGAGAUCCAGAUUUGGCUUGAAAAGAUCAACAGCAGGUGGGAACACAUGGAAACUCUGAAGGAGGAGAAGGGCUCUGAGCUGAUUGGAGUCGCUGAUGUGAGGACGUUUCUACAGGACUGUCAGAGCAUAGGAGUACUACUGCAAGAGAAGAUGGUCCAACUCAGGGAUCUGGAAACAGGGAACUCACCUGCUGGGCUGGAGUCAGACAAGCGCAAACUGUCUGCAAUUGAGAGAGAGGUCCUGGUGAUAGAGAGGAAAAUUGAAUACUUGAGGAGUGUUGCAAAAUCGAUUAAGGACACCAACCCUGCAGAGAGCAGGGCCAUCACUGAGCAGGUGGAGAACAUGGAGAGGCUUCUGGCAAAGCUCAAGCUGGAGACCCAGAAGAAGUGGGACAUUCUACAGCGGGCCCAAAAUCAACAGUCCUUCCUGCAAGACAGCCGCAGGCUCCUGCUGUGGGCAGAAGGCAUUCGGGAGAAACUGAGCAGUGAAGAAAUGGGUGUGGACGUGGCUUCUGCAGAGCAAUUGCUGAAGGAACAUCAGGACCUGCUGAAAGAAAUUAGGUCUCAGAAAGAAAGAUUUGUGCAGCUGGAAGAGCUAGGACGCAAAGUAAUCCAUGAACAACCCAGUAAUGGCAGGACCACAGAUGUCCACCAGUCCAUGGAGAGGCUUGCCAAGGAGAACAAAGAGCUGGAGAAAAUGUGGGAACAGCGUCAGAAAAAGCUGCAGGAGAGCCUGGAAUUGCAGAAGUUCAAUAGGGAGGGAGACCGUAUCAGUGCAGCCCUCUCUGGCCAUGAGGCCUUUUUCCGGAGGAAUGACCUUGGGGACCAUGUAGAUGCUGUUCAAAACCUGCUGAAGCAACAUCAGGAAUUUGAACAACUGCUGAUGGCACUGAAGAGACGAGUAGAAGCACUUAAUGAAAAUGGGAUGAACCUAAUAGACAGCAGGCACUUUGCAUCUCACGUUAUUGAAGAGAGAAUGGUCACUCUCCAGCGAAGGUGGGAGCGGCUGAUACAAAGCAAUGCUGAGAGAAAACAGAAGUUGUUGGAUUCCCUACAGUUGCAGGAGUUUAAUCGUGAUGCUGCUGAGCUUUUGAUAUGGAUGGAAGAGAAGUACAAAAUUGCAUCAGAUGAAUCUUAUCGUGAUCCAACAAAUGUUCUACGCAAACUGAAGUGGCAUGAGGCUGCUGAGAAGGAAAUGAUGGCUAACGAGGAGCACUUUGCUAGUCUGAUAAAGAAAGGAAAUCAACUGAUUCAAGACAACCAUUAUGCUGCAGUUUCUAUCCAGGAGAAGAUGUCAGAGCUUCAAAAGAAGUGGAAGAAACUGUAUGGCAAGAUGAUAGAGCGAGGUGACAAGCUGAGACAAGCUGGGCAGCAAGAACAGCUCAUGGAACUGCUCCAGGAUGCCAAAAAGAAGAUAGAGAAAAUUGAGAAAGUUCUUCAGGAAUCUGAGACAGGCCACGAUUUGCGCUCUAGCCGUGAUCUACUCAAGCAGCACAGACAGCUGGAAAAUGAGACAUGUGAGCUGGCAGAGAAAAUGAACUCUAUUGUAUCUCAUGCGAGGAAAAUGGCCACCAAUCACUUUGACUCCCAGAGGAUUCUGGAUGAAACACAGAAAUAUCUGAAAAGGUUUGAGUCUUUGAAAGCACCUCUCAAUGAGAGACGUAAGUUGCUGGAAGCUGCAGUGGAUCUCUAUGAGUUCUACCAUUAUCAUGACAUGGAACUGAACUGGAUUAAUGAGCGAUUGCCUAUCGCCCAUUCCACCAACUGUGGGAAGUCCUUGGAUGUAGCUCAAAGCCUGUUGCAAAAACACAAGGAACUGCAAGCAGAAAUCAAUGCCCACAAACAGCAAGUUCAGCGGGUCCUGGAUAAAGGAAAGACAAUGAUUGUUGGCCAGCACCCAUCAGCUCAGAAAAUAAGUGAGAAAUGCCAUGAGCUUGUGGCUGCCUGGCAGGGCUUGGAGAAGGCCUGUGAGGAAAGGAUGAAGCAGCUGCAGCACUCAGUUGGCUUCCAGGAGUUUUUAAUGAAUACUUCAGACCUGGAGGCUUGGAUAGCAGAAAAACAUCCACUUGUGACAAGCAAGGAAUAUGGUAAGGAUGAAGAUGGAACACUGAAACUCCUCAAGAAACAUAAGGCACUGGAGCAUGAGAUUGCCAUUUACCAAAAUUUCAUGAAAGAAUUGAGUGAAAGUGCCCAAACUCUUCCUCUUGCGGGUUCCAUCCAGUAUGUUGAGGUUGAUGGACCAAAGGAACAAGUUCAUUCAAGACUCCAGGAGCUGCAGGAGUUAGCAGCAGCAAGAGGGAAGAAGCUGGAUGAGAUUCUUGUCUUGCAUGAGUUUCUACGAGAAUAUGAAGAUCUGCAAGACUGGGUCACUCAGCAGAAACAAACAGCCAGCUCUGAAGACUAUGGAAAUGAUUACGAACAUGUCCUGCAACUCUGUGCCAAAUAUGACACAUUCCAACGUCAGUUGGAAGCAGCUGGGAAAAGAUUUGUGGCUUGCCAGCAGCUGGCAGACAACUUGCUGAACUGUGGGCAUUCUGAGUCCCGGGAAAUUCGGCAGAAGCAGAAAGACCUAAGGAACUCCUGGGAGGAGCUGUUGGAAAUUACCAGAUUACGAGGUGAGCGUCUGAGAGAUGCUGAGGCAAUUCACAAGUGUCACCAAGAUCUGACAGAUGCUCUGGCCCAUAUUGAGGAGAAGUCCAAAAGUAUUCCAGAUGAUGUUGCUAAGGACAUGAGAGGUGUGCAAACCCAGCUCCGGAACCAUGUGGCCCUGGAGCACGAGCUCUCUGGGAAUGAGCAGCAGCUGCAGGAGCUGAUCCACUCUGCAGAUCAUGUGCUGACCCAUUGCUCAAAGAAGCAGGUGGAAGAACUGAAAGCAAAGCAGCAGGCAAUAGUGACCAACUGGAAGGCCCUGAAGUAUAAAGUGGAACUGCGCAAGAAACUUCUGGAACAAGCAUACAAGCUUUAUCAGUUUCAGGCACAUGUGUGGGACUAUUUCUCAUGGACAGCAGAAAUAAUAAGGGAAAUGAGAGCCAAGGAGACUAUUCGGGACAUAUCUACCAGCAGCCUGAGACUUACCCAGCAUCAACAGCUACUGGCAGAGAUCGAAGCACGAGAAGAGAAGUAUAAUCAUGUUGUACAGCUAGGACAGUCACUGUUGCAAGAUGAAGAAAUAGGAUCAAAAGAGAUUCAGCAGAAGCUACAGGCUCUGUUGGAAGAGAAGGAAAAUGUAUACAAUGAAUGGAAACAGAAGAAGGAAUGGCUGGAGAAAAUACACCAAGAACAAAUGUUCUACAAGGACUGGGAUCACCUGGACAUGCUCCUGAAUUCACAGGAGAUUUAUUUGAAAAGCAGUGACCUCGGAAGCUCUGUGGAUGAAGUAGAGCAACUGAUAAGGAAACAUGAGGCUUUUGAGAAGCUUCUGACAUCACAGGAUGAGAAGAUGAUGUCUCUUCAAGAACAGGCAAGCAGGCUAGAAAAGUUUGGUGGACUGGAAGGGCUAAAGAUCCAGCACAAACUGAAUGCCAUUCGUGAGAGGAAGCAGCAGAUCAAGGAUCUAUCCCAGAGUAGGAGAGAGAGGCUUCAGACUGCCCUUCUUCUGGCACUUUUCUACCAGAACUUGGAAGAGGCAGAAGACUGGAUCAGUGAGCGCAUGCAGAAGCUAGAGGAUCCUUCCAUACAAGACCCCAGCAAUCUGCAGGACAAAAUGAAGCUGCUGCAGAAACAUCAGGUCUUUGAGGCAGAGAUUCUAGCAAAUGAAGAAAUCAUCACGGCUGUUAAUAAGAAAGGAGAAGACCUGGUAUCAAAAAGCCACCCGAAAUCAGGAGAGAUCCGUCGCCGAGUCCGCAUGCUUCAGGAGCGUUGGGAGAAGUUGAAGAGAGCUGUUGCUGCUCGUGGAAAGAUGCUAGAGGACAGCCGGGACUUUCUGGAACUUCUCCAGAAGGUGGACCAGGUGGAAGCCUGGAUCAGGGAGAAGGAAGUCAUGAUUAAUGUAGGUGAUGUGGGAAAUGACUAUGAACACUGCCUGCAGCUCAUGAAAAAGCUGAAUGAGUUCCGUGGAGCAACAUCAGGGGAGAUGACAGUGGACGAUGCUCACAUCAGGGCUAUCAAUGCCCUGGCCAUGAAACUGGAGAGACAGAACAAGGAAGAAACAAAGACAAUCUAUGAGCGCCGGAAGCAGCUCAAUGAGAAGUGGAACAGUUUCCAUGGCAACCUGAAUGCAUACAGGAAGAAGUUAGAGGGAGCCCUAGAGAUGCAUGCAUUAAUCAGAGAAAUUGAUGACAUCACAGAGAGAAUUACCGAGAAGAGUGUACUGAUACAAGCACUGGAUUAUGGGAAAGAUGUGGAAAGUGUUGAAAACCUGAUUCGAAGGCAUGAAGAGAUGGAGAGAGAAAUCAGUGUUAUUAAGUCCAAAAUGGAGCCAUUGCAAUUGGAAUCUUUCCGCCUUUCCACAAGGAAUCCAUCCAUAAAUGACAAACUGACUAUGAAGCAACAGGAGAUGAAAAACAACUGGCUACGACUCCAGGGACAGGCCAAACAAAGGAAGGAGAAGCUGGCAGCCUCGUAUCAGUUGCAGAAGUUUAACUUGGAGAUGAAGGAGAUGCUAGAUUGGACCCAAAACAUCAGAGGCUUAAUGGAAGCAGGGGGACUUCCUAAAAGUGCAAAUGAAGUGGAAAGCAUGAUUGAGGACCAUCAGGAGAGAAAGGAGGAGAUUGAAGCACGAAUGGAAAGAUUCAACUCUCUCAGUAACUAUGGUCAAGAACUUGCCAGUUCUGGUCACUACGCAACCCCUGAGAUUCAUCAGUCCCUCUCCAGACUACAGCAAGCCUGGUCUGAAUUGAUCCAAGCAUGGCAGGAGCAAUACAUAAAAUUGUUUCAGGCAAAAGAUUUACAGAAAUUCUAUGGUUAUGUGGAACAGACUGAGAGCUGGCUCAGCAGCAAAGAGGCUUUCCUAGCCAAUGAGGACUUAGGGGACUCAGUGUCUAGUGUGGAGAGCCUACAGCGGAAACACACGCAGUUUGAAAAAGCCCUGGAAGCUCAGAUGGAGAAAAUCGAUGAGAUGGCUUCAUUUGCUCAGCAGCUAAUGCAGGACAAGCAUUAUGACUCGGACAACAUCACCAACAGAUGCCAGGCUGUUCUGAGGAGAAAAGAGAAACUACUGGAGAAUGCUGCUGCUCGCAGACAUCUGCUAGAGGAAUCAAGGCUUCUGCAGAAGUUGCUGAGGAAUUCCUUUGAGGUGGCUACCUGGAUCAAUGAGAAGAAUAGCAUUGCUCAGGAUGAUAGCUGGAAGGAUCCAAGCAAUCUACAGACCAAACUGCAGAAGCACCAGACUUUCCAAGCAGAGAUCAUGGCCAAUAGAAAUCGCCUGGACUCCAUCAAAUCUGAAGGGGAGAAGAUGCUCCGUGAGAGGCACUACGCCCCUGAAGCCAUUCAGUCCAGACUACAAGAAAUGGAAGAGCUAUGGGAGGAACUGCUAGCAAGUUGCCAGGAUAAACAGGCCAAGCUGCAGGAUGCUUGCAAGGGCCUUCAUUUUCAGCGAAGUGUAGAGGACAUGGAGAAAUGGUUGGAAGAUGUGGAAAAUGAGUUGAAAGCACCAUAUAGUAACAAUGAUCUGGUGGUUUUGAACAGUCAUCUGAAGAAACAAGACGAACUGGAGGGAGAUAUUGCUGGCCAUAGGGAUCGGCUGCAAGAGCUUGUGGUCACAGCUCAGCAGUUCCAGAAGGAGAAGCAUUUCCUUGCUGAUGAACUAGAAGAGAGAGUGGAUCAACUGGUGCAGAGAUACAAAAGCCUACGUGAUCCUCUGCAGGAGAGACGUGGGAGUCUGGAAGCAAGCAGACUUCAGUACCAGUUCUUCAGAGAUGUUGAUGAGGAGUUGGCCUGGGUUCAUGAGAAACUCACCAUGGCUUCCUCCAGGGAUUAUGGCCAAUCCCUGGCAACUGUUCAGAGUCUACAAGAAAAGCACCAGAAUUUGGAGAAUGAGAUAAGCAGUCGGGAUGCUUUGACCAAAGCAGUGCUCAGUACAGGGCAGAAACUGGUAAAGGGAGGCCACUCAGCCUCUCGCAAGAUUAUGGAGCAUCUGAAGGAGCUUGAGACUUCUGUAGAAACCUUGAAGGCAGAGGCUCAACAGAGGAGAAAGCGGCUCAUGCAGUCAUAUGAGGCCCAUCUCUUCCUGAAUGAGCUGCUGGAGGUGGAGGCAUGGCUGGCAGAGAGGAGCUUCAUUCUGGAGACCUCUGAUUGUGGGAAGAAUGAAGAAUCCACACAAGCUUUACUUCGUAAACUUGAAGCUACUAAGCUGGACUUGGAUGGUUUCAGGCCCCGGAUCGAGAAAGUGCAGGAGACAGGUGCCAGCUUAAUAAACAAAGACAGCCCAGAGAGUCCAGCCAUACUUUCAAAGCUCCAGAAGAUCCUAGCAGACUAUCAGUCUCUCCUGAAGAAGACUGAAACCCAGAGAAAACGCCUGCAAGAACAAUUCCAGCUCUAUCAGUUUGAAAGAGAAUUCCAGCUGGUGGAUGCAUGGCUUUCCAGUAAACAGUCUGUAGCAGAGUCUGAUGACUAUGGGCAGGACUUAGAUGAUGUUGAGGUGCUGGACAAAAAGUUUAAAGAUUUUGUAAAUGAGGUGAAACCUCUGGCACAUUCCAAAGUUGUCUCCUUAAACGAGUUAGCAUCUAAACUAGAGAAGGAGGGUCACAGCAAGAUGGACAUUAUCCAGAAGAGAACAAAGCAAAUCAAUGAGAUGUGGGAGGAACUAUGCCAUGCCAUCCAGGCAAGGACAGAGAAUCUAAAAGCAGCCCAGCAAGUUCACCAGUAUGAUCAUGAUGUGGAUGAAGUAAAGGGCUGGAUGCAGGAGAAAGAGGCAGUGGUGGAUAUAGGAGAUUACGGAUAUGAUCUUCCAGGUGUACAGACACUACUCAGCCAGCUUGAGGGAGUAGAGAGAGAUCUAGGAGCCAUCAUGAAAGAGCUGGAACGGAUUCGGGGAGAGGCUUGGCACCUCAGCCGCACAUACCCUCAAGUCAAGGAAAACAUCAUGGAGAGACUCACAGAUGUGGAUGAGUGCUGGGAAAACCUGGAUAAGAAGUUUCUGGAGAGGAAGGCAAGACUGAGCCAGGCAGAACAAGUCCAGCUCUACUUCAAUGACUGCAGGGAGCUGAUGGCCUGGGCCAACGAGAUGCAUGCACUAGUGAUAUCUGAGGAACUGGCAAAUGAUGUCCUGGGAGCUGAACUGCUUAUCAAGCGUCAUGAGGAAUACAAGCGUGAGAUAGAGAAGCAGUGGCUAAAAUAUGAAGAAAUGCAGCAGGCAGGAGGUGACCUGAUGAAGAAUGGACACUUCAUGUCUGUGGAGAUUGAAGAAAAACUGUUAGAGCUGUCAGAGCUGAUGAAGAAGGUAAAGGAGAGCUGGGACAUGAGGAAAGAGUUAUAUGAAGAAAACUGGGAGAUUCAGUUGCUCCGCAGAGAGCUAGAACAAGCAGAAGCAUGGCUGGCUGCCAAGGAGAGCUUUCUUUCAGAUCCUAGCUAUGGGGAUUCAGUAUCUGAAGUAGAGGAAUUACUGAAGAAACACCAUGAUUUUAGGGAGACCAAUCUCAUGAAACAAGUGGAUACAGAAGAGAGCGAGCAGAAGGAUAAAGGCAAAGUUGUACGGGUUCCCUCUCUGAGAAGAAAAACAUCUUACAAAAGGAAUACACCGCCAAAAGUGACAAAGAGCACAGCACCACUGCCAUCUGUGCCUUUACCCAGCCUGUCCUGGAGGGUCCCACUUGAAACUAUUUUAUCCCCCGUGGAAAAGUCUCCAUCGACAUUCCAACAAUUCAUUGCUGGGGGAGCCCCAGAAGUGCUGAGCAACAACAAAAGAGAAAUGAAAGCUGACAGGAGGCUCAGUGAGACCACUCCACCUACACCAAAGAUGGUGGGUCCGCGAGCUACAUCUUCAGAAAGUCACAGUUCUUUAAGCUCUCCUUUAUCUCCUACUCCCAUAAGCCAGCAACGCAGCAGCAGUUUGUCAGCAAUAAGCCUUUUAUCACCUCAGGAAAAAAGUGCUGGAGGCUACUCUUUCUCCAACCUGCAGACAAAACUAAUGGCAACUCCACCGGAGCCUGGCCAAAGGUCACUAAAUAAAUCACCAAACGUACCGCUGUCUAACUCCCCUUGGGAGAGAUUAGAGAAUACAUCUGUGGUUUCUGCAAGUCUCCAGCACAUGGAGGGAUUCCUGGAAAAGAGAGACCAGGUCCUUCCAGGAAGACAACAGCCAGGCUCAAGGUCCUGGAAGUCCUUCUAUGUAAGACUUGAUGGAUUAAAGCUUGAUUUCUACAAUGAUGAAAAAGAAGCAUCUAAGAACGUACCCAUGCUCCUGUCCCUCAGCAUUCCUGGCGCCAAAUGUGAGAGGCUGGUAAAUUACACAAGGAAAGAGAACACCUUCAUGUUGCGGCUGAAAGAUGGGGCAGAAUAUUUCUUCGCAGCACCUUCUCAGUCACUGAUGGAGGACUGGCUGCAAUCACUACAGAAUAAUAUAGGACACAGUAACAGAUCGCAUUCCACAGUGAUGCUGCAGCCUUUUGGUCCAAACAGAGAGACCUCCCAGGCAAGACUGUGGGACAUCCCAGACAGAGACUCUGCUGAAAGACCAACCAGCAAAAGCUCACUCCUGAGGAGAACACCUUCCUUCAAAAUCAAACCAGAGCGGGACUCUGAGGAAUUUUCCAGAGAUUUUAUGGAGGAUGGGACUGCAGUGACACGAGCUUCCACCACCACCCUGAGCCGAGAACAAAGCAGUAGUAAAACAAAACUGCUUCCAUCUCUACUAGAAGCAGGAAGAGAAAAAUGACAUUUGCCUCAACAAAUACCAGCCCCUUCACCACUAUAUCUUAAUCCAGCCCUCUGGAAAUGUAUCAAUAUCUUUUAAGUUAAUCACUACCCUUGGAACUUAUUUUGAUUAUGUAUUAAAUCUAGUAAAGCCAUUAAAUAUAAUUAAA